GUGCCAUGGGGAAUCUGAUUAGCCAAAACAAUGAGACGCUCAGGAAACUGCGUGAGAAUCCGAAACCUGGGGACUUGAUUGAAUUUUCCCGCGGCUUCUAUAAGCACUGGGGCCUGUACAUCGGUGACGGCUUUGUUGUUCACGUAACACUUAACUCCCCCAGUCGUAACAUCCCAGCUAAGGCCGUGGUGAAGAAAGAGCACCUGUGGGACGUGAGUGGAAGCGGCCAGUGGAAAAUCAACAACAUCCUGGACAAGAAGUAUUAUCCACACUCAGCUCAAGACAUUGGGAGAGCGGCCUGUCAGAAGAAAAUGAGCCAAGGGUUAAAAAGAAACUGCGAACACUUCGUCACUGAGCUGCGCUACGGCCACGCUGAGUCCCAGCAGGUGCGUAAGGCAGGAAAAGGAGCCCUGGUCAUUGGCAUUGCUGCAGCUGUGGGUCUGGGUUUUCUACCUCCUGUAAGAACUCGGCUUGGAGCUUUCUUAAGAACUCUGCAUAUCAAGGGCCGAUGAAGUACCCGGAGAGAACCCCAGAGAACAUGCAAACUCCACCCAGAAAAAUAAAUAAAUAAAUGUAUACACUUCA